UGUCCUUCUUCAUAGUCAUUUGCUCCAAGACAAGGCAAGAAUUGGGGGCGUUUUGCCAAAAAUAGAAUUAUUAGCGCUAAUAAGAAAAAUGGCGUUCGUUAAGCGGUAAGUGCUAUCACUGCUAAAAUUGUAUGGAAAAACGUCAUUAAUGAAGUUAGCAAACAUCUCCUCACCAAAAACAUGUUAGUUUCCGGAGGUUGCUAUGGCGAUCGCCAUUUUGCUUACAAUUUGCAAUAAAUUUUAUUUUCUGCCAAACGCGCCCAAUGACAGCUGUCAAUUAGUGUCAAACUUCUAUCUGUCAAAGUUGUCAAAUUCAUCAACAACAAAUAAAAAAAAAAGAUUGCGUGUGGUAGUGGACGUGUUAGUGUUUAAAAUUAUUAAAAUAGCAGAUUUCUCUUAUAAAAUCACAUAAAGUGAAGGGAAAUAUGCUUCGUAAAUAAAAGUUUAAGUGCUAGGCGAUUGUGUACGUUAUUAAAUUAACGGUCCAACAUAAUGUCUUCCCCGUCGAAGCAACGUCUGAAAAGGCAGACAUGGUGCAAAAGACUGAUGUACAAACGAGUCCCGAUAGCGAGCUGGCUUCCACUGUACAACUCCGAGAAGGGAGUGGCGGAUUUCAUAGCUGGAGUCACAGUCGGUCUGACAGUCAUUCCACAAGCGUUAGCUUAUGCAACACUGGCUGGCUUGGACCCUCAGGAUGGCCUGUACUCUUCCUUCAUGGGAUGCUUCAUCUACACAAUAUUCGGGUCAUGCAAGGACAUCACUCUAGGCCCCACAGCCCUGAUGGCGCUUAUGACGUACCAACAGAUCCAGAAUAGAAACGCAGACUAUGCUGUACUCCUGUGUUUCUUGACUGGCGUAGUGCAGUUUAUUAUGGGCAUAUUACAUUUAGGCGUACUGAUAGACUUUAUAUCGGUGCCGGUCACCGUGGGCUUCACAUCGGCCACCUCUGUCAUCAUAGCUGUGUCACAGAUCAAAAGCCUUCUAGGCUUGCAGUUUAAGUCGGGAGGAUUUUUGGACACUGUAAAGCAGGUGGUAAUAAAUCUACCAAACGCGCGGUUGGCUGACAGUGCACUAGGAAUAUCGUGCAUUGUAAUUCUUUUAUUAAUGCGUAAAUUGAAAGAUCUAAACCUUCCCUCCGGCCGCAAAGGGUUAAAAAAGACCCUUUGGUUGCUUUCAACGUCAAGAAACGCCAUAGUAGUGGUCCUAUGCUCAGUGGCAGCCUUUGUGAUGGAACAGAAUUCUGGGUCUUCGUUCAAACUAACUGGAACUGUAAGGGAAGGUCUUCCGUCAUGGUCGGUCCCGCCUUUCGAGACGUCAUUUGGAGGCAGGAACGUCACGUUCAUAGAGAUGUGCUCAGACCUCGGCUCCUCGAUAGUUUUGGUCCCUGUCAUCGGUGUGCUGGGAAAUGUAGCUAUUGCUAAAGCUUUUGCAAGUGGAUCAACAGUGGACGCGACGCAAGAGUUGCUAACGCUGUCUCUCUCCAACGUCCUCGGCUCGUUUGUUGGCGCGAUGCCCAUCACUGGAUCUUUCUCCAGAAGUGCUGUGAACCACGCCAGUGGUGUGGCUACGCAAAUGGGCAGUGUCUACACAGGGGUGCUAGUGCUUCUGGCCCUGAGUCUACUCACUCCAUACUUUUAUUACAUUCCGAAGGCGUCGCUUGCCGCCGUCGUAAUAUGCGCUGUGAUAUUUAUGAUAGAAUACGAGGUAGUGAAACCUAUGUGGCGGUCUAGGCGGGCUGACCUCGUACCGGCGUUCGCUACGUUCGCCAUUUGCCUGGCGGUGGGAGUAGAGUUGGGUAUACUGGCUGGGGUAGCUGUCAACGUCAUACUGCUGUUGUACCCCAGUGCAAGGCCGCAGCUUGACGCGGAGAUUGUCACGAAUUCGUCAGGGUUCAGUUACGUGUUGGUGACUGUAGGCAACAGUUUAUACUUCCCCGGCGUGGAGUAUAUUCGGCAGUACGUAGAGCGAGCCGCUAAGAAGCAGGGCGGUUGCAGCAUGCCGAUCGUCAUUGACUGCAGAUAUGUGCUAGGCGCCGACUUCACCGCCGCCAAGGGAAUCUGCGCCUUAUCCAGUUCUUUAUCAGCGCGCGGGCAGCCGCUGGUGCUGCUGUCGCCGCGCGCCAGCGUGGCCGCGGUGCUCAGCGGCGCGGGCUCCGACGCGCUCGUCGUGCUCACCGCGGCCGAGCUGGACGCCGCGCUGCAAGACCUAACCGGCAACAUUGCAUUGCCGCUGAUAAAAGAAACGCGAAACACCACCCCACCACCAAACUACGAUUCGAUCCGGCAGCCAGAUGAUGACGUCACAGAAGUAGUUAUCGCCGAAUCCAGAAACACUACGCCCUUAUUGAACGGCAAUCGCGAUGCCCACGCGCACAAAAUCAAUGGCACGUGACCGGAGACUGAAGUUGGAUCGAAUAGAUUCAACGAAUCGAAUAGGAAAAGCCUAGCCUGGACGGGACAGUGGAGUUCUUCUGUAUAAGUGAUGCCUAAAUAUUAAAAUGCAUUCGAAUUAUUCAUCAAUGAAUUUAUACAAGCGAUGUCGUCGUUUUUGACGUCAUUCAGUGUGCUAUAAUUAAAUUUAUUAAUAAUUCCAGCUAUAAUGACCAACUAUCCUGUUUCUGUCGAGUCUACCAUUAUUUUAUCGUAAGAGUGAUCUACGCGCGUUUAUUUAAUUUAACGCCAUGUUUUACGAAACAACACUUCUAUUAAUCAAGUAUUCACAAAAUGGUAAAAUCUAUGCUCUGAAACCAAAAUCUCAAUAAUUUUUUAAUUGAAUAAUGCACACAAUGCAAGCACACUUAUAAAACCUUAAUAUUUUCUUUUUCAUAUUGUUUUCGUGUGGAAAGUUAAAAUAAAUAAUCGCCCAAUUUUCCGAUCACUUCAUAAGUAUAAGUAAAUACAAUUUUGUAAGUAGUUAGAUACUUAAUUAAUCUAUUAGAAAAUAUCACAUUAUUGUGAUUCUUUUUUACUUUUAGUAUCGAAUCUAUACAAGACUUUAGUGGUGAGUGACAAAAUAUAGUUUUAAGAUAAAGUACUAAUGGCAAUUGGAAUGUUAGUUACCAAAGAUGCGUGUUCAGCCAAGAUACAGUCAAGUUUUAUGUACGAAUAUGACCCCUUUGUCCUAGCAGUAUCCUCAAGAAUAACAUUGUUUUGGCAAAAUAAUAUGUCCCUUACAAUCUUUUUCAUAAGACACAUUUAUUCCAUGAGGAUAAGUAAGAAUAGGGGUAAACUAUCCAAUACUUAUUAUUUAUUUUCUUAUAGAAAUAACUACAAGAUACCUUAUAUCAUUCACGCCAUUUUUUCUAAUGCAGGCUAAUGUAAAACAAAAUAAAUAUUUGUAUAUUUAGUGAGCGAUUUCCUAUUUUAUUGUGUUCAUUUUACAACCGUGUCUUUGAAUGUGUAUUCGUAUGGCCAGUGCAGAGUGCAGACUUAAGUUAGUACUUACUUUGGUUAUGUUAACUAUUAUUGAAGUAAAUCAUUAUGUAAUUUAUGCAAGCAAGCCUUAUUCAUUUUAUGUGAUAUUUUUAACAGUCCCGUGCAAUGUAAACACACCAAUGCAGUAAAAAGCAAUGCACUUGAAUACAUUAAAAUGAUUCUUCUUUGUUAAACCAGUGUUCAAUAUAUUUUAGUAGCCAUUGUGAGGCGUUACUUUCAUGCAGUAGUGUGAGCAUAGGCGCUCAACUAUACUCGUAUGUAAAAUAAAUAUUUAUUACGUUAAUUACAACUCAACAAAACAUUUUUUUAAUAUUUUUACUUUACCACCAUAAGUGUGACAUUAUAAUCAUCGUUGCCGGUAAAAACCAACCUUUGUCUCAUAGUAGAUGGGGCUAUACACCAGAUAAUUUUUAAUUUUAAUCGUUAUCUAUCCCAGAGACCGGUAAGCUUAUAAGAUAGACCGCUUACCAGUUACAUUUUAUUGAUUUUUAAUCUUCCCUUUUUUGUCAGAUGUUGUUUUGUUUUUUCGAUUUUCAAUUGUUUUAGCAUGAUUUAUUACUAAAGUACGGCCAACUAGCAGCGAUACGAAAGGUCGAUUCGACUGUCGAGUGGACAAUCUAUUCUGUCUCUUCCCAUCUUAUGUAUUUGUCGUAAUGUCUCGUUCUCCCGCCAAAAUAUGUCAAAGUCAGACGGGUUCGUCAACAGUCAGACAUAAAUUUUAGAAUACAUAGUUGUUGUAAUUCACGAGGGCGAAUCUGUUACUUGUCGGUUCUUAUUUUAUUAUUCCGAUAUAUUCAUGUCUCUAAAAAAAGGGGUAGGCCUGUUGUCAUACACCGGGCACAUUGUGAGGCAGAAAUGUUAUUAUUAUUCUCGUUAUUUAAUUUAAAUCUACAUUGUACAAUAAUUCAAAUUAUAACAAAAACAAAAUUCAAUAAAACAUCUAUUUUUAUGGUUUGCCAGAUAUUUUUUAAAACUAUAUUGCCUACAAAAAUAUGUAAUCUGACUAUUAAAAAGUUAUGCACCUCUGCUAUUCCUAAUGACCAUGACAUUGGGUUUGUUUACAUUUGGUAUCGCUUCUCGUUGGCCGUACUUUACAUGAUAUCUCUCAACUAAUGGUUACACUUGUGGUGAAUAUGCAGAUUAUUUUAUAAUUUUUCAGUGCAAUAAAUAGGAUGCUAACAUUCUUGUACUUAUUAUAUCUUAUUGUUAAAUAUUUUUUACUUACUUCGAUAAGAAAUAAAUUCGUAUGAUUUCAUUCAAA